CUCAGCCUGAAACGCAAGCAACAUCGAUGCAAUAUGCCUUAGAAAACACAAUUCACAAUCCCGUUAUUGUUCAAAACUAUGGCAAAAACUGCGCGCACCCACGUGUACAGCACCUGCAGCCUGGAGAGACCGCGCUGGUUUGGGAAGAGCCCUGUCCCUGGCAGGGCGCGCGCAGAGGCGUUCCUUCAGCAGGGCUACACAACGUCGAAGCCACGGAGGCUCAAGCAGCCCCGGCAGCACCGUGUUACCCGGAGGGUUUGAAAUCCAGCCCACGCGGCUGGGGAAGAGGGAACAGUACCAGUACCAGUUUAUGAUUCCAACUGCUCAUCAUAGUGAAUGUUUUCAGAAAUGUGAACUGCCGUGCUGGACUCAUUGCACUUUUCCGACUUAUCGCCACCUCAAGAUAGCCCCGAUGCUUGCGUGUCGGCUACAUUUGGUUCACGGGCAACCGUGUUGCAGAUGGAUUUAAAACGACUAUCCAACAAGUGAAAACAGAAGGUUUUUUCACCCUCUUAAUUAAUUAUCUUUCUUUAAACUCGACAUGGACGGAGCACGAACUGAAAAUCCUGGGGACCUUAUCAACAGCAGCGUGGAAGAGGAGAACUACCGAGCCCUCGUCUACGACACAGCACUCAGCACUUUCCUGGCGGUGGUAGUGUAUGUGGUCGUCAAAGUGAGCUUAGACCGGAUUAGGCAAUGGCGAGCUCGGAUAUCGGUUCUGAUUGUGGGUUCUGGUCCUGUUGGUCUGACCGCCGCGUUGGUCGCUGUUCGCUCGGGAAAGGUGCUGAAACUCACGGUAUUGGAUGAGCGCUACAGGACCGCGCUGCUGUGCAGACCACAGCAGAUCGCACUGGACCCCCGCAGCGUCAGGUUCCUGUUGGGCUUGGGAGUAGACUUUGAUAACAUGGAGGGGUGCUGGCACAACGACCACUUCUUCACUAAGAUUGGCGUGUUCCAGGAGUACCUGCUCAGCAUUCUGGAGCAAAAGAAGCAAAAGGUCGAUAUUAAAGUUCACCUGGGAACAAAGUUCUCCGAGGACUACCUGCGGCGGAUCCCGUGUGGGCAGUGGCCGCGGGUGAUUGUGGUUGCGGACGGCUCUUGUGGGGAUUCCUGCUCGGUGCUGGGCAUCAGCUCAGACUACUUAGUGGAGUCCUGCCAUGCCUACGGAGCCAACGCCACCAUUGAAAGACUGGACCAGCGGCAGGUGCCCACUCCUGAGAUUAAGGCUCACAGCCUGUACUUUGACCUGUCGGCGUACGGGGUGGACGUACUGAAGGAGCCCCGGGGAUCUGGCCACACCACGGCCAAGCCAGGCUUCCACCUCAAGAUCUACGGCACAUUCCGGAACCGCUACAUGGCCCUGGCCUGCACAGCUGCGGACAGCAAGAUGAUGCGCUUCCUGCGUCACACCACUAACUCCUCGAUCAUGAAGAACAUCUUCCACCAGUCCUUUAACGCCUAUAAGACGGACAUCGAGCCGCGGCUGAGUGAGUUGACCUUGCACCGCAUGCAGUGCAGCCGGAAGCUGUUUGAGAUCAUGCUGUCGCAUCGGCGCGUCAAUGCCGCCUACAUCGAGGGCGACAACGUAGCGGUGACCGUGGAGGGAGAGGCAGCACGCGUGCUCAACUUUGACACAGGCUGCGGGGUGAACCUGGGCAUGAGGGGUCUGGAGGCCCUGGGGACCUUCAUCUACCGGACAGCCACCGCACUGGACCAGAACGACGUGUUUGAGGCGCUCGCCGCCAAAAUACAGCAUUCCAAACAGGUGGCUGAGACCUUCAGACAAACAGGGCUGGCCUCAACCAUGUUUGAGUGACGGAGACUAGAUAGACAGAAGUAUUGGGACACCUGCCAUUACACCCACAGGAACGUUGAUGACAUCCCAUUCAACAUCCAUAUGUAUUUAUAUGGACCCCCCACCUCUUUUGCAGCUGUAUUAGCGUCCACUGUUUUGCGAAGGAUUUGAGAGUGUCUGGACAUUUUGCCCAUUUAUUCAGUAUUUGUGAGUUCAGGCACUGAUGUUAGACAAGAAGGCCUGGCUCGCAAUAUCUCUUCUAGUUUCUCCAAAAGGUAUUUGAUAGCAUAUACAACCCUGUUUUCAGUGGAUGAGGCAAGUUCUUUCACACCAACAAUGUCUUCAUGGACCUUGCUUUGUGCACUGUGUUACAGUAAAGCCAGAAAUGAAAAGGACUUCCCCGAAAUGUUCCCAAAAAGUUGGAAAUAUACAAUGAUCCAUAAUUUCUUGGAAUACUGAAACAUUAAUAUUUCCCUUCACUAACCCAAUCCCAACCUCUGAAAUGGCAUUAUCCUUUAACCAACAUCACUGCACACAGUGCACAGAGCAGGGUCCAUGCAUACACGUGUAAGUGAUUUCGGUAUGGAAGAACGUGACUGGCUUGCAGAGAACAGGGUUUUCUACAUCAUCAAACACCUUUGGGAGGAACAGCAGACAUUGCAAGCCAGGCCUUCUUGCCUAACGUCAGUGCCUGACCUCGUAAAUACAAAACACUCUUCUGAAUGAAUGAGAAAAUAUUUCCACACUCUAAAAUCUGGUGGAAAUCCUUCCCAAAAGAGUGGAAGCUGUUAGAGCUAAAGAGGGGGACCAACUCCAUAAUCGUACCUAUGGAUUUAGAGUGGGACGUCAUUGAAGUUACUGUGGGUGUAACGGCAGGCAUCCCAAUGCUUUUGUGUGUGUGUGUGUGUGUGUGUGUGUGUGUGUGUGUGUGUGUGUGUGUGUGUGUGUGUGUGUGUGCGCGUAUACAAGGUAAGAAAAUGGACACAGAAUGUGUUAUAAAAAGAGUGGCCCAAGGUUUGGUGGGAAAUUGAAUUGUAUUGUGACAGCUGUUGGUGUUCUUUGUGCCAAAUACAAACCAAAUACAAACCAAACAAAAACUACUGUUUUGUAAAUGUCUCGAUUCUUGGUUUUUCAAAUUCUUUGAUAUUGUUUUUCACAUAAAGUUGUUGUAUACUUGUAUACUGUUGAAGAGGUAAAGUGAAUGUAAUUGAAGUUUGUCAGCUCUGUUUGCGGACAUUGAUAGAUGCUGUUUUGUGCCAAAUAUUUGUAAAAUUGAAGGAGGUUUUAUUGAUUUUACUUCACCACAUUUUCAAGGUCUUGGUUAAUUCCCCUAAAUUUGUUAUCAUUUCACAAACUCUGACCAUGCCUUCAACCAAAAUGAAAUUGAUAGGUUUUGGUGCUCCACGCUAUGUCCGGAGGUGUUGCUGGAAGGUGAGCUCUGUGAGGUGUGAUGGGACAGAACUCUAGUCUCUCAGACUCUUACUCAAACACACACUAAAAGCCCUGGCAGAAGUCUGGCAAAUUAUGUCCUUGACGACAGUGUAUAAAUAAAAAGUGGAUGUUUCUAUUGA